AUGGCUCCAGGAGAAAAAGAAAGAGAGGGGCCAGCUAAGAGUAACCUCCGGAAGGUCCGCACAGCCACCUUGGUGAUCAGUUUGGCCAGAGGCUGGCAGCAGUGGGCAAAUGAGAACAAUACCAGGCAGGCCCAGGAACCUGCCGGCUGGCUUCCUGGAGGGACCCAAGAUGCACCGCAAGCUCCUAGAUCAGUGACUCACUCCAUUCUUGACCAGAAGGCUCAGAGUGUCCCCACACCUACCUCUCAAGAGCCAGAAGGAUAUGGAGAUGGACAAAACUCAGAGGACAGCAGCAGGGUCUCUCAUAUCAAAAGGAAAGAAGUGACGAAGACAGUUGUCAGCAAAGCUUAUGAGAGAGGAGGGGACGUGAGCAAGCUCAGUCACAGAUAUGAGGACAGUGGCAUGGCCGACCCUGCGCAGCCAGAGAAUGACACUGACAGACUCCUCCACAGCCGUGGAUCCCCAACACGGAGGAGAAAAUGUGCCCACCUGGUGUCUGAGCUCACCAAAGGCUGGACAGAGAUGGAGCAGGAUGAGUCCAACUGGAGAAGCGACAGCAUUGACACAGAAGACAGUGGCUAUGGUGGGGAGACCGAGGAAAGGCCUGAGCAGGAUGGAGAGCAGGUGACCACUGCCAGAAUCAAACGCCCCCUGCCCUCCCAGGCAAACAGAUUUACAGAGAAACUCAGCUGUAAGGCCCAGCGGAAAUACAGCCAAGUGGACAACCUGAAAGGGAAAUGGCAACAGUGGGCUGAUGAACACAUCCAAUCACAGAAGCUCAAUCCUUUCAGUGAAGAGUUUGAUUACCAGCUGGCCAUGUCCACUCGCCUCCACAAAGGAGACGAAGGUUAUGGCCGUCCUAAGGAGGGGACCAAAACCGCAGAAAGGGCCAAGCAAGCUGAGGAGCAUAUCUACAGAGAAAUUAUGGACUUGUGUUUUGUUAUCCGUACAAUGGCUCGCCACAGACGUGACGGCAAGAUCCAGGUUACUUUUGGUGACCUCUUUGAAAGAUAUGUUCGUAUUUCAGAUAAAGUCGUGGGCAUUCUCAUGCGUGCCAGGAAACAUGGGCUGGUUGACUUUGAAGGAGAGAUGUUAUGGCAAGGCCGAGACGACGACGCUGUGAUUACUUUGCUUGAGUAAGCUUCCGACA